AUGUUCCUCAAAGUGUCCACGCAGCUAGUACUUCACCAGGCCGGGGAGCAAUCCGGUGUCAAGGACCGGGCCAAUUUCGCUUUCCUUUACGGCACCGUCCCGACGGCACCCAUUGUGAUCCUGUACGCCUCUCAGAGAGCCGUGCCAACAGCCACGGUGGCCACUGGAGUUGGCGUGUGCACCUUGCUCUCGCUACCGUUGAUGUACGCCUCGGCCGCGGUCAUCAGCGACGAAGGACUGACGCCUGCGUCAGUGGUCACGCCGCAUUUGCAAAUGAGGACGGUCCUGGCCUCUGUCAGCGGACUCGGCUUCGUGGCGUCCGUCUUCAAGGGUGUAGGCGUGCUGCUGUGGCUACUUCAAUCUCCACACAGCCUGUUGGGUCACGUGGCUGUAUUCCUGGUGACGUGCGGCCAGUACGCGUCGAGAGCGUGGACUGCAAGCUUGGCUCUUUGCGUAUUCCUGCUCAAACACUACAACGCUCCAGAACUGUCUACGCAUGCGCGGGUUAUGUUCUUCACGGCGUACGGGGUUCCUAUCGUCCUGACAGCGACGGUAAUGAUUGUUGGUCGCCUGGCGUGCGGAUAUCGAGUGAACGGCACAAUGGAAGUUCCUCUGUUUUUCAACGGUGAAUGUGAGGCCGUAGCAUCUGUGUUGAUGCUAAGUUUGUGUGCGGGGCUGACAGUGCUCUGUCUGCUGCAACAUGCUUACGAGCGAGCGCUGAAGACGUCGUCGCUCUUUGAAUGUUGCUGCUGCUGCCGAUCGAAAAGGAGCUUCAAAAUAGAGCAUGCAAAACAGCGCUACGAAAAGACACCUGUUCUCAUGACUGACGGCAUAGGCGACACGAAACGCUUGCUCGAAUCCACAGCGCGAGUUCGUUUCAACCUGUCGCCUUCAGGAGAAGUGUCCUGGCCCGGAAGUAAUGACGCUGCCUCAAUAAAGACUUACGAACCUGAGGACGAUGUGCGGGGCAUUAUGAUCUUGAUGGCAGCACUUUUCAUUUCUAUACUGAUCGGAAUAUUUGUCAGCUACGGGAGGCUGUUUCUUGGUGCACCAUACGGCAUUUUCAAAGCUCUUCAACUAGUGGAUGCAGCACUAAGUUUCGGACAGGGGAUGCUUGUCUUUAUGGCGUGCGGACUGGAGGAAAAGCUGCUUAGCGAGGCGAAAGCACAAGUCCUGCUGCUCGGCUAUCUAGCGCCUUCGAAUCGAUCCGGCUUCCACGGACACCGGCUUGUGAAUUGGCUACUGGAUGCGGGCCUGGUCAGGAGCCGCGAUGAAGGCGUGGUCUACGGAAGACGCCUGCUCGACGGAGGACUUUUAGCACACGCUGAACGUGCCAUGCACUUCUACGACGGACCGUACGACUACGUCUUCGUGUUUUAGGGUGUACGUGCAAUGAAGAGUUGUGCCGACGGAUGUUGUUACAAGAUCCCGAAUUGUAGUGUCAUAAUCACUCUCAGAAUUGUCUUAGUAUGGCUGUGUAAAGC